AUGAACGGCGGCUGUGGAGGAUGCCGACUCAUCGUGAUUAACAGCGGUAACAGCGGCGGCGGCUGCGACUGUGACUGCGGCGACUGCUGCGGGGGAGGGAACAAUUCAGGUUGCCGAGUGAUCAUGCUCCCAAAUUCGUGCUGCGCCAUCGAGAUGGGCGGCUCCCAGUCCACUAACACCCCCUUGGAUUGCAUGUUGGCCCACUUCAAGGAGGGCUUCACUGAUGACUAUGGCGGGCCAGGUCAGACGCCCUUUCGGUUGAGGGCAUUUUGCGAGUCUGAAUGGCCGACGUUUGGAGUAGGGUGGCCCGCAGAAGGCUCUUUCUCUGUGGACCUGGCCCAGAAGGUCUAUCAUGUUGUUGUAACUCCACCGGGUGACCACCCGGACCAAUUCCCUUACAUUGACUCAUGGCUGUCUUUGCUCCAAAAGCCACCCCCCUGGUUGAAACAAUGCAUGAAGUCAACAAAGAAUAUUUUGGUAGUGAAGCCGCAAGAGCGGCCCCAGAGGACAAAGAGCGGCUGCCGCCCUCAGAGGGCUGGCAGCGCACCCGACCUUGGGAAGGCUUCCUACCCCUGUACAACAGAAGUGUGCGACCCUCAGAGGUCGUUGGUGCAGUCCCAGUCGAAGCCAAUAUACCCCAGCUUGGAGGGGGGCAUGGAAGCACUCGAUUUUGAGUGGCCUCCCCCUUAUGUUCCCGCGCCUCCACCCGCGCCACCCCUGCCGACGGUUCGGCAUGUGGGUGCUGCGGGAGGGGGAGCGCGUGCCCCCGUUCAGGCGGCUCCGCCUGCGGUGCCGGCCCCAGUGGUGGGCACGCCGCCGGCAGCAGGGGUGAGGCAGCAUCAUACGAUCACAAGGUCCCAGGUGCCGACAGCCUCGGGCUCAACGCCAUGGGGAGGGGAGUUCCCGUGGUGGAGUCCUUCCCUGGCUGAGAUGGUUGACAGGAGAAUGGAAGCCAGGAGAGGUUCUUUCCCGGGUUGCCCCGCGUCCCCCGCCGUCGCCAGUCUGCCCCCUCCCGGUUCUCCCCUGCAGCAAUUUGUGCGUACCCCCGGCAGUGCAAUUCGGGUUAAGACCCAGGCGGCUGAAGACGAGGAAGGUGCCCCCACAGGGAGCACAGCGGCCCUGCCCAGCCCUAGCGCCUCUCCAAGCACCCCGGCGGCCCAAGUAAUGCCGCUGCGGCAGGUCCAGACACCUCAGUUUUUGGGACCAGGCAACCAGGUGCAGGGAGGUCAGAGCCGCUAUCUUUACACUCCCUUCUCUUCUGCCGACCUUUUAAAUUGGAAAACUCAUACGGCCUCCUACACUGAGAAGCCAGAAGCUCUUACAAAUCUUCUGACUAGCAUAAUGGGGACUCACAGCCCAACGUUCUUGGACUGCCAGCAACUUUUCUUGACUCUUUUCACGACUGAAGAGCGUCAGCGCAUUUUUAGAGCGGCCAAAAAGAAGGCUGAGGAAGCCACCCCAGCCGGGGAGGCUAACCCUGCCCAAUGGUUGGCCGAGAGUUUCCCCGACGCUGACCCUGGGUGGGACGCAAACAACACCGAUCAUAUGAGGCUCUUAAGGCUUAAAAUCGGUGAGGUCUUGCAGAAGCCCGACGAGGCUCCCGGAGCCUUCCUUGAGCGAUUGUAUGAGGCCUACCGCUUGUAUUCGCCCUUUGACCCCGAAGCAGCUGAGAAUCAGCGGAUGGUAAACUGUGCGUUUGUAAGCCAGGCCGCGUCGGACAUAAAGCGAAAGCUGCAGAAGCAGGAAGGAUUUGCUGGCAUGAAUAUUACUCAGUUGCUAGAAAUUGCCCAAAAGGUGUUUGUAAAUCGGGAGCAGGAAGUUAAAAAGGCAGAAGACAAAAAGAUGAAAAUGAAGGCUGCCCUGCUCGCCGCGGCCAUAGGAGAGCGAAAUAGGAAUCAAAACAAUGGGAGAGCUCGAGCCAUGCCCCCGAGGGGACCCCAGAGGACAGGAGUUGACAGACCGGGUUCCCUAUCACUUGGCCCCGGGGAGCCCAUGGUCAAGACCAAGGUAGGGGGCCGUGAUCUAUCGUUCAUGAUUGAUACCGGUGCUGAAUUUUCAGUCGUAAAUACACAGGUGGCCCCCACCACCAGACAGACUGUGCCCAUUGCGGGAGCCACUGGGAAAACCGGCCCAAGACCUUUUCUCCAAGAACGCAUUUGUGACUUGGGAACGCAUUUGGUCCAGCACAGAUUCUUAUAUGUUCCUGAAUGCCCUCUCCCUCUGUUGGGUCGCGACCUCCUAUCCAAAUUAAGAGCAGCCAUCUAUUUCGAAGAAGAUGGCCAAGCCAGUGUAGAGUUCCGGGCUAAGCCCGCCGGUGUUCUUGUGCUCACUUGCCCUUUGGAAGAGGAGUGGCGACUCUUCCAGGGACCCCCAGAGAAAAGUCUCAUAGAUCAAUGGGCCUCCGUUGUCCCUGGGGUGUGGGCGGAAGACAAUCCACCGGGCUUGGCCCGCCACCAUGCUCCAAUCAUUAUUGAACUUCAGCCAGGUGUGCAGCCUGUUCGUCUGCGGCAGUACCCCAUCCCUUGGAAAGCCAUAGAAGGCAUUCAAAAACAUUUGGACAGACUAUUGAAAUAUGGCAUCCUCAAAGAGUGCCAGAGCCCUUGGAACACCCCACUGCUCCCAGUUCAAAAGCCCGGAACAGGCGAGUUUAGGCCAUGCCAGGAUCUACGCGCAGUAAACAAAAAAACUGUAACCUUGCACCCGGUAGUGCCAAACCCCUAUGUCUUGUUGGGGUUGGUACCACAACAGGCGGACUAUUUCUCAGUCUUGGAUCUCAAAGAUGCGUUCUUUUGCCUGCGAAUUGCCCCUGUGAGUCAGCCUAUAUUUGCGUUCCAAUGGCAGGAGCAGAGCACUGGAAGAAAGCUCCAGUACACUUGGACGCGCCUUCCCCAAGGUUUCAAAAACAGCCCCACUCUCUUCUCCAAUGCAUUAGCACAAGACCUGCGGGACUUCGACGCCGUCCCGGGUGAGUGUGUCCUAAUUCAGUAUGCUGAUGACUUAUUAAUAGCUGCCCAAGGACAGGAGCGCUGCUACCAGGCGACCCUCGAACUUUUGGACUUGUUGUGGAAGGCAGGGUAUAAGGUGUCAAGGAAAAAGGCGCAGCUGUGCCAAGCCCAAGUGCGGUAUUUAGGGUUCCACGUAUCCCAGGGAACUCGCACAUUGGGCCGUGAAAGGAAAGAGGCUGUUUGCGCCCUGCCAGAGCCCACGUCCAGACGUCAGGUUCGGGAGUUCCUGGGGGCAGCAGGGUUCUGUCGAGUUUGGAUCCCAAAUUUUGCCUUGAUUGCCAAGCCCCUGUACGAAGCUACUAAAGGAGGGGAGCGAGACCCAUUCCUGUGGACUGCUGAACAGAGAAAUGCUUUUCAAGAACUGAAACGGCUGUUGAUGGAAGCCCCUGCAUUAGGGCUGCCCGAUGUGGAAAAGCCUUUUACCCUUUUCGUUCAUGAACGGCAGGGAGUGGCGAUUGGUGUGCUGACUCAAGCUCUGGGCUCCUGGCAGCGCCCUGUCGCCUACCUCUCAAAGCAACUGGACUCAGUCGCUAAAGGGUGGCCAAGCUGCAUCCGAGCCGUCACUGCGACUGCAGAACUCAUCAAGGAAGCCGACAAGCUGACCUUGGGGCACGAGCUCGAAGUGCAGGUGCCCCACGCCGUCCUGACCCUGAUGGACUAUAAGGGUAACUAUUGGUUCACAAACAGUCGGAUGACGAAGUACCAGGCCAUGAUGUGUGAGAACCCGCGAAUUCGCUUGACUGUCACGGGAGCUCUGAACCCCGCAUCUUUGCUGCCUAUCAGUGACCAACCUAUUGAGCAUGACUGCAUCCAGACCAUGGAUGAGAUCUACUCCAGCCGUCCCGACUUGACGGACACCCCCUUGUCCGAUCCAGAUGUUGAGUACUACACAGAUGGAAGCAGUUUCAUGCAGGGCGAGCAUCGUUAUGCCGGCUAUGCGGUCGUCACAUGUCAGAGAACUGUGGAAGCACGACCCCUGCCGCCAGGAACAUCUGCCCAGAAGGCCGAAUUGAUUGCCCUGACCCGUGCAUUGGAACUGGCAGAAGGAGUGACGGCGAACAUCUACACCGAUUCCAAGUACGCCUUUUUGACUUUGCACGCCCAUGGAGCAUUGUAUAAGGAAAAAGGACUUAUAAAUGCUGCGGGGAAGGCCAUCCGGUACGGGCCGGAAAUUCUAAAACUAUUAGAGGCCGUUUGGGCCCCACGCAAGGUCGCCGUAAUGCACUGCCGGGCUCAUCAAAAACCCCUUAGUCCCGUAAGUAUGGGAAAUCGGAAAGCAGAUGAGGCUGCCAAAUGGGCAGCAACCCAAGGUGUUGAGAAGGGGCGAGAUGCGUCCGCCUACCCCGUAUUUCAGGUUAAAUUGUCUGAAUGGUGCCCCCGAUAUAGUAAAGCUGAGGAAGCAUGGGCCGAGGCCCAAGGGGCUUCCAGAGCCCGAGUUCGGGGGUGGAUCCAGCUACCUGAUAAUAGGUUGGUUGUACCUGAUUCCCUCGCGUGGCCCCUUGUGCUACAAGCUCAUGAUGGAACUCAUUUUGGGAAAACUGCGUUGGCAGAAUUGCUCGAUAGGCAGGUGUAUAUUGCAAAACUGCAUAGUUUAUGUGAAAAAGCUGCCCUUCGUUGUGUUUCUUGUGCCCAAAACAACCCACGACAGGGUCCAAAUCGUCCCCCAGGUAUCCAGCACAUAGGGACAACCCCCUUUGAAUCUAUCAUCACUGAUUUUACAGAAAUGCCUCGAGCAGGCUGUUGGAAAUAUUUGCUUGUGUUUGUGUGCACCUACUCUAACUGGAUUGAAGCUUUUCCGACAAGAACGGAAAAGGCAGCAGAAGUAGUGAAACAUUUAUUGAAAAGCAUACUCCCUUUCUGGGGUCUUCCAGUAACAAUUUCCUCCGAUAACGGACCGGCAUUUGUCCAUAAAAUUGUACAGGAGGUGUCACGGGUGUUACACAUUAAUUGGAAGUUGCACGCAGCCUAUAGACCACAGUCUUCGGGUAAAUGCGAACGGGCCAACAGAUCGAUAAAAGCUCAGCUUUCAAAAUUGUGUCAGGAGACUAGUCUGAAAUGGCCGGACGCAUUGCCCAUUGCCUUGUUCAGAUUGCAUUGCAUGCCUAAGAAAGGGCUAAAGGUUAGCCCAUAUGAAGUGGUUUUUGGUCGACCACCACCUAUUGUAAAAGGGAUAAAAGGUGACCCAGCCCAGAUUGGGAAUCUUGUUUGGUUCCAAGAGAUACAGUCAUUAGGGAAAGCAAUGAAUGAUGUAUCUAAAUAUGUGUUAGAGACUCUCCCUUUGCAGGUCCAUAAUCCGGUCCACCCGUUCCAACCCGGGGACUCCGUGUGGGUAAAGAUUUGGCGCACCCAGCCGCUCCAGCCACGGUGGAAAGGCCCGUUCACUGUCUUGCUUUCUACCCCAACUGCAGUUAAAGUCCAAGGACUGCCCAGGUGGAUCCAUUGGACACACUUGAAGCGAGCGGCCACUGACUGGCAGGUGCAGCCGGCUCCCGGGGACGGGUUGCGACUGAAGCUCACAAGAAGAAACCGCCCUCUGGACCUCACUCACCGGAAGUAG